UGGUCUUUGGUAUCCUCCCAAAACCCUAGCAAGCCCGACAAGAACAGCCAUGGAGGAAGUGGAGAGCCGGAGGGAGCCAAAGAGUAAGAAGAGGAAGAGGCUGCAACUGAGCAUGGAGGUCUUAUCCGAGACCCCUGAUCGGAUUCCCCCUCUUCUGGGCUACUUCCCUUCCGGCUAUAACCCCGAAGCCGAAGAUCAGCAACCUGAGAUCAAGGUGUUCAGGAAUCAGAAGCGCAGCAACCGUUUGGAGCUUGUGGUGAGCCCUGGAGACUCAAACAUGCAGUUUGUUGGCCGGAGCUACGCCGGUGAGGCCGCCACCCCCCAGCUCUGUACCUAUGCCCUUGGCGUUCUCGAUAAGGAGUCCCAAUCCCUCAAGAUUGUUCCAAUCGCUGCCAACAAAGUGUUCAGGUUAGAACCGAGAGUAGUGAAGUCUUUGUCUUCUGAGAAGGAUGUUGGGGAGGUUUUGACGGAAGAGGGUGCAAGUCGAAAGAUAUCAGACCUAACGAGUCUCUAUGGAACUAAGAAGAAUAAGGAUCAGGCGAGUAAGUGGAAACUGUUGAACGAGCAGAAAAAGGAUGGUGCAGCUACAGAACUUCUGGAAGGGCCAAGGGUUGAUGAUGAAAUAGAAGAGGCUUCUGAAGUUGCUAAACCCAAAGCUGUGCCAAAUAUUCCACCCUUUGAUAUUACUGCUGAUACUCCAGAGAAAGCAUAUCUGCUGGAUGAGAUUAUUCUACCAGGGGAGAGACGUCACCUCAUUGAUAUUUUUGAAAUGGUGCAAUCUGGUGUAGCAUUUGACUCAUCGGUUCAAUUUUGGGAAGAAAAUGGAUAUCCAAGCUUUGUUUAUAAUCGGAUUUACAAGUUAAGGUAUAUAGAGGAUGAGGAGGAACUCAAGAACAAGGCGGCCAUAUAUUCAUACAUCACCCAUCUUGUCACCUUCAUGAGCAGAAUGAGCAGAAUGAGCAGAGGUCGACGUUCUAGUAAUGCUGCUUCCUACAAUAUUCCAAGGGUCGUCUACCAAAAGUUCACAGGACUCUUCAUUGAUCCAGAGUCACACGCCCUGACAGCCGAGAAGAGGGAGCUUCUCAUUGGCUACAUCUUAGUGCUUACCCUUUUCGUAGAUGAUUUCCGGUCCGAGCCAGCUGAUAUUUCCAAAGACUUGAAGAUACCUUACGCCGAACUUAAGCCAUACUAUAAGCAACUCGGCUGCAAGAUGCUGCAUGACACAGAUCUAAAGAAACUUGUUCAAUCCCUUCCUGCCCCUCUUAAAUUUCCAGAGCAAAGGCCAUACCGGCGAAAGCGGGAGUAGGCAGUAUUGAGAUGCUCUCUGCUGCUGAAUCAUGCCUUGACAGCCUGAUGUUUUUUCUUUCUCUUAUUAAUGAAAUUUCCUUGUCAAUGUUUGUGUUUUAAUGUCACUGUGCUUAACAUAGGCCUGUGAUAUAGAGGAGAUGUAUGUUAUCUAAAUUAAGUUUUUGAAUCUUGAUACUCUUUAGUCUAGUGUUUUCAAUACCUUUUGAACAUGUCUAUGAGUUUUUCUACUUGCAUAAACCAGUCUUCUUGGAUUGUA